AUGGCACAGCUCCUACCCGAUCCAAAUGAAGAUACAGAAUGGAAUGAAAUUUUAAGAGAUUUUGGCAUUCUUCCUCCAAAAGAAGAGCCAAAAGAUGAAAUUGAAGAAAUGGUUUUACGUUUACAGAAAGAAGCAAUGGUUAAACCGUAUGAAAAGAUGACUCUUGCACAGUUGAAGGAAGCUGAAGAUGAAUUUGAUGAUGAAGAUAUGCAAGCUAUUGAAACAUAUAGGGAGAAGCGGUUACAGGAAUGGAAAGCUCUUAAGAAAAAACAAAAAUUUGGGGAAUUAAGAGAAAUUUCUGGAAAUCAGUAUGUGAAUGAAGUCACAAAUGCAGACAAAGAUGUAUGGGUUAUAAUUCACCUAUACAGAUCAAGCAUACCAAUGUGUUUGUUGGUUAACCAGCAUCUUGAUCUUCUAGCAAGAAAGUUUCCAGAAACUAAAUUUGUUAAAGCCAUAGUGAAUAGCUGUAUUCAACACUACCAUGACAACUGUUUACCAACAAUUUUUGUUUAUAAAAAUGGUCAGAUAGAAGGCAAAUUCAUUGGAAUUAUAGAAUGUGGAGGGAUAAAUCUCAAGCUAGAAGAACUUGAAUGGAAGCUAGCAGAAGUUGGAGCAAUACAGACUGAUUUGGAAGACAACCCCAAAAAAGGCAUUGUAGAUGUGAUGGUAUCUUCAAUAAGAAACACUUCUAUUUAUGAUGACACUAAUAGUUCAAACAGUGAUGAUGAUGAUACCAAAUAGAGGGACAUGCUUAAUAAAUAGCUUUAAAGUAU